CAUGGAUACAGUCUACUCACUUCAGAUAAGUUGGCCGUCUUCAAGUGGCUUCGCGGGCUGCCCGAGAAUCCUUCUCCAAUCACCGAAGAGGCAGUUGCAUCUCCAUUCGGCUUAGAAUCCCACGAGUUGCUAACUAGCAGAGCUCCAUUGGCAGAGUGUGAAGAAGGUGCCUUAGAACUAGCCUCGCGACAAAUAACCAGUACGGACCAUUCAAGCCAUCUUUCUUCCUGUAGUCUCAGGCCAGUCACAUCUUCACAACUUGGUGACCGUAAGUCGGCUUCGAGAUUGCUUGACGGACUAUCACCUACUGCCCUCUUGCAGAGCGCAGCCAUCUCGCAACCUCUGCUGCAGAGCCUUCAGUCCGAGUGUCGAGUUCGGUCGUUUCAGGACACAGGCGCCGGGACCUCAGAUAGACACCUCCCCACGACCCAAUUCGCCAGUCGGGCCACACUAAAUUCGUUGCUUGAUGCGGCUACCAACACACAAUCGGCCGAUCUACCCUCGAGCAAAGAAAGUGUUCCUGUGGGGCUUCGGUCACUUCCAUCCACCACUGCUACGUCCUUCGGAGCUGACAUGCACUCGAAGAAACCUGGUGCCAAAUCGCGCGCCAGUGGUCAAGCCGCUAGGCAUAAAGUCCAGGGUCAGAUGACACUCAAUCAUGGACGCCAGUUAAGGGACGCCGGUGACAACUCUCGCUUGAGCCCUCUAGUUAGUGCUGCUGGUGUCACUCGAGGUGUGGCCGGAUCCUUGCCCCAGCUCAGGCUGGCUGGAAUUCAGCCGAUGUCGGGACCAGCAGGCCGUAGUCUAGAGACGAGUAUCGGCGGUCUUCGCCGCGUACUCGAGGCCGAUGAACAUUGGCCCUCAGAACCAGUUUUUCCCACUCCACCCGAUAGAUGCGCUAUCGACGCUCGCGAACAAGGAGUGGCCGCCACCACACCUGACUUUUUGAAUCCCGGCGCUGACGUAGUAUCUGGCAACAUGGGCAAAUCCAGGCGUAAGUGA